UCCAAGCGAGGGUGGGGGUAAAAACAACGUGCUGAUCCUGAGAACGGUAUAAAACGUACCUGGAUGGUCAGGUUCUGGUUCAGUUUCGGAACAUAUUUUGGCGAAGAAGUUUUGCUUUCGCUCUUGGUUUGUGCGUGAAUCAGAAUUCACUUAAUUUGUGCCAGUGAUUGAAAGUGAUCUCAAGAAGUGUGAACCACCAUGACAACGGACUUCAGUCGUCACCACCAGUAUUACUACUAUCCCGGACAAGAAACGGCCAACGUGAACGUAAAAAUGGAGCAAAUCGAGCAGCAUAUCACUGCCGAAGAUUACUACGGAAGUUUCCCGACUAUCAACGGUCAGGGACUGAACUUGUCCAACAUGAUGAUGCUACCGAACUACGAAUCGCAGCUAACGAACUACCCGGAGUCCUGGAUGACCCCUUCGCCGUCCAGUUUCGGAUCAGAGAGCCCAGACUACUAUUCGAUCAGCUCACCGGCCUUCAUCGACGUCGAAGAGUGCAAGGAAAAUCUACUCAAACAAGCCUCUCAACUACCCUUAUCGCCACCCAUCAUGCUAUCAACCCCCAUCUCGGAAAUGCCCACCCCCACGGCACUUCCCGUCAAAAAGCGCCAAUAUCGUCGCCAACCGAAAAUCAAAGCCGAACCACUCGCCAUGGAAACCCAGGCAACGCCUACUUCGGAUCUCUCCUGUUCUACCGCUCUGAUGUUCUCAAAAGACCCGACAGCGACCGCUACCCCCACCGCAGCAACCGCAACCGGUAAGCGGAAACGCAAGCCGGUCGCGCCGCAGAUCAAGAAGAAGCGCCGCCUCGCGGCCAACGCUCGCGAACGCAAACGGAUGCAGAGCCUGAACGAUGCCUUCGACCGGCUGCGCCAAUGGUUGCCCAGUUUGGGCAACGAUCGGCAACUGUCCAAGCACGAGACGCUCCAGAUGGCGCAGCAGUACAUCACGGCUCUGUACGAGCUGUUGCAGUAGGCUGUGACGCUGACGUGAUCGUGAUUGUUGACGACGGUGCCACCCAGAGUAUAAAGAGACGAGUGAUUCUUAGUCAGUCAGGUCAGGUAGUCCCCUUCAAAGUGUACAUUUUGUUUCAAACGUGAGACAGUGUUAUUUAGUGACAAAGCGAUUCAGAGGCUUUUGUGCUCGCAUUACAGAGAGUUGUUUUUCCGAGGACGGUAUGGAAUUCGUCCGAAACAGAACUGUUUGUUUCCCAGUGCCAGUGUUAAGUUGUACAAAAAUUGUAUUAGUUACGUCAUAUUUGUUAAGGUUACUUUUUCUCGGAACUGAUUGUACUAUAGAUUAGAGGUUAAGUUUGAACGGAAAAAAAGUUUAAAUUAUUUUAUCGAUAUUGAGAGAUAUUGUACAGGCUACUAUGAUAGCUCGGAAUAAAUGUUGAAAGUAAAAUUA